CGAAUCGGCGUUGCUGCGGUUGCUGUUGUUAUAAUAGCCAUCGCAGCCUGUGGACGACAGUGUCCGUGGCCUGCCCACCCCCGCCUUAACCAGAGAGCGUCUUUCCCUUGCUCGGCACCUGCAGUGAAACAACAUUGUGCAUUAAGUAUACUGACAAGAGGUUUGAGAAUUUACGUGUUAGAAUAAACCCUGAACGUGCAUUAGUGUGUGCAUUGUAUUCGCCUCUUAAGCCUGGCUUAUAGAAUUCAACCCUAAGAAUCCGAAAGUUCCCUCAGUCUGACUCGGCCUCCGACAUUAGAAACCUGACGAACCGUAAAGGUGCCUUAAUCUUUCGCGGUAUCUUAGUCCGGUUCUAUGAGUGCAUCAAAAUUCAAGGCUAAUUAUCCUAAAGGUGCCAUAGGGUCUUUGAACUUCUGGCCAUAACAUUUAACCCUAUGAAUCCCGACGUUUCCUUCGGCUGAACUUCAGGCAAACGCAUUGAACUUGAACAUCAAAAAGGAGGCCACUAUGGUAGUUUGCCAAGCAACAGAAGAGGAGGAGGUGAACUGGGGCAUGGGUCUGACUGAGAAGGCAGAGAAAGGCCCAACAGAGUGGAUGGAGAUCUCAACAGACUUUACAGACUCCUGCAAAGAGCUCAAGCUGGGAGAAUUAAUUCAUGACAAGGGUUUUGGCUUAUUUGAAGCCAUGUCAGCCAUCGAAAUGAUGGACCCGAAGAUGGAUGCGGGUAUGAUUGGCAACCAAGUGAAUCGGCAAGUUCUCAACUUUGAGCAAGCCAUUAAGGAAGGCGCUGUUAAGACCAAGGACUUGACUUUAUCUGAACUGAUUGGGAUAAUUGACACGUGCUUCUGCUGCUUGAUCACAUGGCUGGAAGGUCACUCUCUGGCACAGACUGUGUUCACGUGUCUGUAUCUGCACAAUCCUGAGCUGAUCGAGGACCCUGCUAUGAAAGCCUUUGCCUUGGGUAUCCUGAAGGUGUGCGACAUCGCCAGAGACAAGAUCAACAAAGCCUCUGUCUUUGAAGAGGAGGAUUUCCAUUCAAUGACAUAUGGAUUUAAAAUGGCGAACAAUGUGACAGACUUGAGAGUAACAGGGAUGCUGAAAGAUGUCGAGGAUGACUUCCAGAAGAAAGUAAAGAAUACAAGAAGCAGACAGGGGGAGGAGAGAGACCCAGAAGUCGAGCUGGAGCAUCAACAGUUUGUGGCGGUGUUCACCCGGCUGAAGUUCACACGAUUGCUUCUCACGGCUCUUAUAGCGUUUACUAAGAAAGAGAUGAGCGCGGUGCAGGAGGCUCAGAAACUGAUGGUGCAAGCGGGUGACCUCUUGCCCUGCAUCCUUGCUUCACUCCCCUAUGGCAUCCAGGCCCAGACAGACUCCAGCAAGGGUGACCAGCCGGUGAUGAUGGGGUUUGAGCCACUCGUCAACCAGCGACUGCUUCCCCCAACCUUUCCACGCUACGCCAAGAUCAUCCGCCGGGACGACAUGGUGGAAUACUUUCGGGCACUGAUCGAGCGCAUCAAGGCUGUGUGUGAACUCAUCAAUCUGGCCAGCUUCCACAGUGUUCUGGAGUUUUUCAUUGCCUUCAGUGAGCAGUCUCCAUGUGUGCUGUCACGGUCCUUACUGCAGGUAACCUUCUUGGCUGACAACAAGAAAGUGUUUGGGACCCAUCUACUGCAAGAGAUGCUGCGUGAUGCCCUCAGAGCCUUUGUGAGCCCGCCGGUGCUAUCCCACAAGUGCUCACUGUAUAACCAUGCCCAGGCCAGGGAGUACGUGGAGACGUUCUUAUCUCAUGCUGUCAGGCCAUUCUGCAGCCUCAUCCAGAUACACGGGCACAACCGUGCACGGCAGCGAGACAAGCUGGGCCACGUACUGGAGGACUUCUACACCCUGCAGGAUGAGGCAGAGAAGGUGGAUGCGGCGCUGCACACGAUGCUCAUCAAGCAGGAGCCACAGCGACAGCACCUGGCAUACAUAGGCACCUGGGUGCUGUACCACAACCUGCGCGUCAUGAUCCAGUACAUCCUGAGCGGAUUCGAGCUGGAACUCUACAACGUGCAUGAGUACCACUACAUUUUCUGGUACCUGUCAGAGCUGCUCUACGGAUGGCUCAUUUCCACGCUCUCACGAGCUGACGCAGCCCAGCUAGCCGAGGAGAAACUUUCUGAGGAGACUCAGAAGGGGCGGAGCAGCAAGAAGUCCAAGAAAAAGAAAAGGGCACGACCACUUGGAAAAGAAAUCGCUAUGAACCAAGCCUAUCAGAGCUACUGUGCAGGCAUGUAUAAGGCAAUGGUGGGCUUUGACCUGGAUGGGAAGGUCGUGAAGCCCACUUUUGAGCUGGAUGGCGAGCAAGUCCGUUUCGAGCACCGCUUUGCGCCCUUCAACAGCGUCAUCACCCCACCGCCCGUGCAUUACGCACAGUUCAAGGAAAUGACAAAUCUGGCCAAGUACAACCCCCCGCUGCAGGCUGAGGACUUCUACAACUCUGCUGGGAAGCACUUCCAGCAAACCAAGCUCAUCCUCGACAACAUGGCCAGCCCAGAUCCUGAGAUCAACAGUCUGCUUAAGAUUGUGAAGACCAACUAUGUUGUAAUGAAGCUUCUUGCUGGAGGCCACAAGAAGGAUUCAAAGGUUCCUCCAGAAUUUGAUUUCUCAGCACACAAGUACUUUCCUAUAAUCAAGCUUGUGUGAACCCCUGCAAGAGACAGAAAAUAAAGAAUAUAAAGUGAAACUGCCUAGAUUUUUAAUUGUCAAUUCAAAUGUUUCUGUUCAGCAACUGCCAUGCUACAGUUCUAUUUUUUGUAUAUACAUAAAACUUUAAAUGACUCGCUACACACCUUUUACGAGCGAUGUAGUGGUUAAAGAAUGGCCGAUACAAAGGAGUCUACUAUGAAAGAAAAAAAAUAUCUGCACCAGCCAAAGCUGAUGUGUGCAAGCCAUAAAGCAAUCAUUUAAAUACUUUCUAACAGGACUGAAUACAGUUAGCAUUCUGCAACAUUGAGAUGAGGAUUGCUCGUAUUGUUUUACUUGGCAAAAUUAUUGCAUUAAUUGGUCAUGGAAUUGUCAGUUCUUUAUGAAAAAAUGGAGCCCCAUGAGCAUCAUAAAGGUGUACUUCAAUUUAGAGUGUUCAAGUCCGAAUUUCAUUUAGCUACCGUUUGUAAGUUCAUACACAUUUGAUCUGCAGUAUUUGUUAAAAGUAUUCCUAAAUGUGCUUUGAAAUGUAUCAAAUCAGAUGGUUAAAACAACGAUCCUACUAUGAUGUCUGCUGUAAAAUACCCACGUGAACACUGAACGCUUAUCAGGAUUUACCUUGGAAGUUGAGUAAAAAAUGGUUGUCCUUUUUUUAAGAUUUGUAAAAACAUAACAGAUUUAUUUAUUUGCCAAUACAUUUUUAUUACAAUGUGAUGCAAUGAUAUAUGGACCCACAAGAAUCACAGUGACAUCAAAACCUGUCGUAAAAAGGUUUUUUUAUCCUGUGAUCUCGGUGUACAUAAGUCGUGUAAUGAAAUUAAUGGUAACUGUUGAUGACAUUUUCACCUGUAAUUGAUCCUUGUGUUUGGUUGAGAUUUAGCAGUUUUCUGUUUCCAUGUGUUUAAUAAAAACUUGCAGCAAGCCUCUUAAGGA